AUGAGAACAGUUAAAGUUCAGCCUCAGCCUUAUCAUAAAUAUAGUCUGCUUAAUUUCAAGAGCUACAUCUCACAAAAGGGAUGCUGCCGCAAUCAAAUAGGAGAUUUUAAAAAAUAUCAAUAGAUCACAUUAAAUUCAAUUUAGGAUUUCAUCAUGACUCUUGCUGUGAAUCAAGACAUAAUUAUUAGUAAAACAGAAGAUAUCAAAGAAGUUACUGGAGAGUAGCUUUUAAAAAAUUUAAAUAAUUUGAUUCCACGAGACCAGUUUAGUAGAUCUCUUAAAACUGUCUACAUAUACAAACACAAAGAACAAUUUCGGCUAAAAGGUGAAAACAUAAUGGCAUAUCAAUUAUACGCUAGUAAAAUCUAAUUGAGAGACAUUGAAAGUGAGCUUAGCUCUUCAAAAUCACAUCAAAUUUAAUCUAAGGAGCAAAAUGUUAUUUAAAAAAUAGAAAACUCCUAAGAAGACAGCAUUUUAAGUUAAACAAAGAAUAAAAAAUACAUUUAGUAGUAAAUCGGAAUAUACACCACUAAUAGUAUAAACGGCUCUAAUAUCUUUGCCUAUGAAAAUCUUAUCAAAAAGUAGAAAUUAGAACAAUAAUCUGAUAUCCAAUCUUAAUAAUAACAAUAAGAAGAAUAUUAAUCCUAAAAUAAUUCUUAGUAGAAGAGUUAAUCACAAAAGCAAGAAGAUGAGUAACAAGAGAUUACAUUUUCGGAAGAUAAUAGCGAAGUGGUCUACAUCGAAAAUACAUCUACUUGCAAUCAUGAGCAAUCAAAUCUUUCAGAUGAACAAGAAUUAGAAAUCGAAGAAAAAUCCAAUAACUUUUUUAAUUAAAAUUACUUGUCUUAAAGUAAUUAGAUAGUUAUGUUUAAUAAUCAAAGUAGUUUAGGUAAGACUUUUUUGCUUUCUAUUAGCAAUUAUCAUAAUAUCAUCGAUGAAAAGUUAAAAAAGGGGUAUUAAACUUAUUAUCAUUUAAAAUAAAGAACAAAUGAUAUUAAUUUGAUAUAUAUUUCUAUUUUUACUCUUAAAGAUGAUUAACUAGUCACUAAUCCAAAUUGGAAGCAAUUUAGACAACAUCUUGUUGAUGCAAUUUAAAAAAAAUUCCGUCUUGACGACUACCAAAACUAUUACUACUGUAAAAUUGGCUUCACCAAAAACAUAGAAAGAGUUGAUGUCCAUUUCAAGAACUUCUAUGCUAAGUUUUACAAAGCUUUUCUAUGCUAUAGAGAGUGUGAAGAAUAGCAGUUCCAUUAGUCUUAAGAAGCUAAAAAUUUCAAGAUACCAGUUGUUUCUCCUAUUUCUUACGACGGCAAGGCUGAGCUAUACAUUUUUCACCCUCUAUUAGAGCUCAUUCUAUAAUAAAAAUUUAGAAAAUACAAAUAUUAAAUUUUAUGA